AUGGAAUACAAAUUAUUAAUUUUAAUUAUAGCAUUUGCUACAGUAAAAAUAAACCUUACAGAAAGUAGACAAAAUGAUAAAAGAAGAUGGAAGAGUGAUAAAAGUUUAUACUCACAUUACGUAAAUAUUUGUGAUAUACAAGACAGAAUAUCGAAAGUUCAUUGCUACUGUGAAAAUAUUAAGAUUAAAACUGCGACGAAAGCUGACUGUUGGGUGUUUAAUGGUGGAAUUGCUGAAGACGAUCCGUUCUGGUCUAAUUUUUAUUCGCAACCCAUGAUUGAAAAAUUAAGUUUCAAUGUAAGAGCCGAUGGUGGCUUGACAUAUAUACCGGCAAAAAUUAUAGUCAGAUUGGAACGUUUGCUAAUUUUAAACAUACAGUAUGCUAACAUUUACAGUAUACCAUCGUUCGCAUUCACAAAUUCAACAUCGCUGCGUGAAAUAAUGCUACCCAAGAACAAAAUAGUGAAACUAGAUAAAAUGUCAUUUGCUCACCUUAUAAUGCUCUCAAAUGUCAGUUUGAUAGAUAAUCAAAUAUCAGAACUACAAAGAGACGUUUUUUACGACCUUCCUAAUCUGCAACGGUUAUUUUUAUCAAAAAAUAAAAUAGAAGUUCUUCAUGACGGAUGUUUUAAGCACUUGAAUAAUCUUAUUAAGCUUGAUCUUAGUAGCAAUGUACUAGCAGUUAUUGUUCGAGAAAACUUUCAAGGAUUAUCUAACUUAAUUAGUUUGGAUAUGAGAAACAACAAAUUGAUGAUGAUAGGCGACUUAGCAUUUACCGAACUUUGGAGCCUUCAAGAGCUCUAUCUUGACAGCAAUGAAAUAGAAUUUAUUUCAGAAAGAGGAUUUGGUGGACUGACUCAGUUGCGAAAACUUUCAAUAGCUGACAAUAACUUGGGAGUUAUAGAUAACAAUGUUUUCGGAGAUGUGAAGAAGUUGAAUGUUUUAGAUUUAAGAAACAAUGAACUGGAAACCUUAAAAGAGGAAGUUGUGCAAAAUGUCAUUGAAAACUUUAAGACAAAUUAUGCUUUGAUUGCCCUUGCUGGUAACAAAUUGAAUUGUGAUUGUAGUUUAUCUUGGCUACACAAACUAAGUAAUGAAACCCGAAGUAGACGCGUCAAAACUGCUCUUGCUCGACUUAGUUGCAUCAGUGAUAUUAAAUUACCUAAUACAAAUUAUUCUAAAGCUGAGAAAAUGAUGGAUUCAUCCCACACAUUAAAUUCAAUGGCAUAUAAAAAAACCUUCGAAAAAAUGUAUGAAGAUGGGGAAGGUAAUAUUGAAGAUGAUCCUGUUUACGAAGACACGUUGCAAGACCAAGAAUCUGAAUUACCAAGUAAUAAAAUAGAAUACCGGAGAAAAUUAUUGCACAUACCAGCAGAAAUGUUGCCAUGUCCGAGCAAGUACAGUUUCGAAGCAUCCUUUUCUCCACCAACACAAGACGAAGUAAAGUAUUAUAAGUCAUCUUCAAGUAAGGUGGUAACAGCUUCAUUAUCAUAUAUGAUGAUAAUUCUUUUUAAUAUGACGUAG